AUGGAACCAGCUCGGACAGCGCCAUAUAAGGAGAAAAUAGUGACAAUACCAACGAGGGCGUUUAGUCACCGUGAGCGGCGAAUCAAACCACCCCUUGCGCUUCCUAUUCAGAAAAAUCAUAGCAUGUGCAAAUCUGAAACAGACCCGGCGAAGCCUGACGAGGCACAAGGCCUGUACUUAUAUGGAAGUGAAUCCCCGUUGCACUCAGCGGCAAUUACUGCCGACGCAUGGGUAGGAUCGGGCUGCACGCUUUAAAAAACGAACAACAAUAAUAAUAACAAUUGCAUUUUUUUAAUUGGGCUGCCCCCGCCUCUUUUAAGCGCACUUGCAGGGGCUGCAACUGCUGGAUUUCGUGGCGGCAUGAAACCAGAAAGUGGGGCGCAGCUGGUGCAACGUGUGGGAGAGGGCGCAGGGUGAAGGAUCGCGGGCAAACUUGCAGCUGCGUCCCCUUGCCGGCUUCGGGUCUCUUUUUAGCACUGCCUGGGUGCGCGGCGCGUGGGAGGAGGAGCGACUUGGCUCCUGGUCCGCGGAGAGAGGAUCGCCGGCACAUUACCCUCCCCCCCCCCGCGUCUGCUAAAAUGUUGAAUGUGGAUCCCGGAAGCAAACUGGAGUUACGGCGAUUGACGGGUUAACUGGUUCAGCUUCAGCGGAGCUGCAAAAAGAAGCGGCGACUCCCCCUAGGGGCAGCAGGUGCGCGUUGCAGGCCACUCGGAAAAGCCUGUCGCUUAGUCGGUGGGGUCGAAGAACCGCCCCCCCCCCCCCGCCAGCAAUGCCCUUUAUCCACAAUGGCAGUUUCCACCGUGGCUGCUGCAUCUCCAGUAAUCCGGAGAGGGUCUCCGUGCCCUUUUCACUUGAUGGCAUUUCCAUGAUUUGAAAGAUGAGUUUUAUUCCUUGGUCUCCUGCUGGGCAAGAUAGCAAGGGAGUCUAACAUAAGUACUGUACUUCGAUUUUUAAAUUUUGUUGCGAGGGAGACAUCAGAUCCGGCUCGUAGAAGUCCUAAAGCAUAUAUAUAUGUUGACAGGAAAAAAAUGGACACCCCGGACACAAUGCAGGUUUUGCAACCACAUGGAGGCUCGCAUGGAGCUAAGCUGGACCAUGGCUCGCGUAUUGUUACGCACCCCGUUCCCCCCUUUCACAUGUUUUGAAAACCCCAACAUAUAAUUUAAAGCGGUGGCUGCGUGGACACCUUAGGCUUAGAAGCGGAUGACUUCUUGCAUAAGAAUCAUGGGAACUGUAGUUCGUCCAGGGUGCUGGGAAUCGCAGCUCUGUUUUGGGGAAACUAUAGUUCUCAGGAUCUUGCGCAUAAAAGUAUGCUGGAAUAGCUCAGUCGGUAGAGCGUGGUCGUGGGUUCGAGCCCCACGUCGGGCAAUAAAUGGUUACUGCACUGCAGAGGGUUGGACUAGAGUGGGGUCUGUAAUUCUAUGCCUAAAACCCUCCAGCUACGUUGGCAAGCGGCAAGGGAGCAUUAUCCCAUUCAGCAGUGACACCAAAACGGGCACGCGGGUAGUCGCUUGCUUCGGUUCACCUAAGGGACAAUCGGAAGAGCUAUAAAGACAAGUGAGCGAGAGAUCCAAAGCGUGACGCAGGAUUGUGACGGCUUUCUGCAAAGUAUGACUGCCAUCCUAAGCACUAAAACUCUCAUAAGUGAGAGCAAACGCGGUUAGCAUUGUGCUGCGAAGACUGGGAGAAGGAAGCUGUGCGCAGAUAAUAGCGCCCCCCGCUGCCCAAAUGCAGUAUGGUAAAGCUAUCCUUGCUCACUGUGGCCUUUGCCCAUAUAUUUUUUUCGAAGUGCCACAGCAAUAAGUAACCCCAGCUUGUUGGAGACCAUGGCAGGCCAGGGAGGUCAAGAGGACCGUUUGCACUGUGGGUAGCAACAGCUCUGCCAUGCCGCAGGUUCCCCAUACCUGUCCUGGGACUUGGAAAGGAGGCCUGUUAAAAAAUAGCUGCAGGAGCUGGGGGGGGGGGGGAGCAAUUCAACUUCUGACGCUCAACAGGUUCCUUCCAGCAUUUUUUUGCUGCUUGCUUUCGUGGUGCUGAUGCGAGCGGAGCGCCUCUCCCGAUACGGUAGCAAGGAAGAGAGAGCCGUGCGCAAUGAACGCGCUGCCACCUGCAGCAUGAGGCGGAGCACUGGAGCCGUGAACGGCUCGGCGGCAGUGGCUUCAGCUGGAAGCCCCACCGAUCACCUUCCAGGUUAUCAGAUCCACGGACGGCGAACUUGA